UAACUACAAACUCCGCACUCCGCACAAUUUUAUUGUGUUGUGCUGCUAUACAUAGUAGAUAAGCAUUUUGUUCGGUAUAUCAUACAGUCAGCUCAUGAGCAACGUUUAGUUGAACAUGUUGCUUCAUUAGGAACUGACCAAAUAGACUCGAUCCGGGUGUUAAUUCGAUGUUAUAUUUCACAGUUUUGUCAUUUUUUCAACGAAAGUGAAUAUUUGUUUUCUUUUCUGAAUUACGACAUAACACAUACACACAUAGACAUUAUGGAUAUCUACACAUCAGACAGUAGUGACAGUGAUUCGCGUGAACAAAAAACCCUUGAUUAUGGUCGUCAAAAUCUAAUUACCGAAACACUAAACGAUAACCUAGUGAACUUGUAUAAAACGAAUAAGAGCUACGGCGACAUUGAAACAAUAUUUCUGAAUCAUAAUGCGUUGAAACACUUGCCGCCGUCGAUCGGAAAGUUUUACAAUUUGCGAACCCUCGAUCUCAGUUCCAAUCAUUUAACAUCGUUGCCCGACGUGUUAGCCCUAUGUCCCCUAAAUUCUUUAAUAGCAAAGAAUAAUCGCCUAAGUAAUGAAUCGUUGCCGAAAAGUUUAUUGUCAAAGUGCGGUGACGGUAUGCUGCGCGAGCUGAAUUUGAGUGGAAAUCUGUUUACCCAUUUUCCCGACAAUGUUUUGGAAUUGAAAGGUCUGAAAUUUUUGUAUUUGGGUGGUAACCAGAUUACCAGCAUAUCGAAAGACAUUUGGAAAUUGCAGAGCUUACAGGUUCUGUCUCUCGGUGGAAACGCUAUAACCGAUGUACCAGAAACAGUUGGCAAUUUACCUCUACUUCAGGGACUAAUUCUAUGUGACAAUUUAAUAGAGCACUUACCAACCAGCAUCGCUAAAUUAAAAAAUCUGAAAUCUCUGCUACUCCACAAAAACCGAUUGAAACAUUUGCCACGAGACAUCAUUACACUGAAGAAUUUGGUUGAGUUGUCUCUACGUGAAAAUCCGUUGGUCGUUCGAUUCGUUCAGGAUAUAUCGUUGAGUCCGGCCUCAUUACUCGAAUUGGCAGCUAGAACAAUACGUACGUCAUCGAUUACUUAUGGUCCAACAGAUGUGCCGAGAACUCUAAUGGAAUAUCUUCAAAGUGCUAACUGUUGUGUGAAUCCAAAAUGUGCUGGCGUGUUCUUCGACAAUCGAAUCGAGCACAUCAAAUUUGUCGAUUUUUGCGGAAAAUAUCGCGUUCCAUUGCUGCAAUAUUUAUGUUCGUCAAAGUGCAUCGAACCGGUUAGAGAAUCUGAGGAGCCACAGCCAGGUGCAAGUGGAUUCAUGAUGAGAAAGGUCUUACUGGGUUAAUGUAAAUGAACGAGUGUGAUGCGAGAAUCUUAUCAAUAAUACGAAAACGUAAUUACAGAAACGGAUGCAGAACAACUAGCAGGACACUGAAGCUGAAGGAAAUUAAAUUCUCAAUUGUUUCGCUAGCCAAUUUGAACGGUUUCGGUCUCGGUUUCCAAAAUAUAUUUCUAACUUCAACAGUAGCAAUGUCCGAAUUGGAAUAGCUUCCUUAAUUGUAAUAAAAAUAUCAACAGCAAGCGUAA